AAUUCAACAACCACAUUCGCUGUUUAUUAAUUUUGUUUUGUAUUCCGUCGUUUUUCUUGGGAUUUGGCUUUCGACUACAAGUCGCUCUGCGUCCUGUUCAAUCGCUUCGCGGUGCUGAGAAGGGAGUAAGCAGCAAAAACCUUGCUUAGUCGUUCUUCAGAAACGGCGUCCUUGAAGAAUCCCUACAACCAGACCCACGAGUCAAUUGGCACCGACUCGACCCGCCCAGCGAAACGUUCCUGCCCCCUUUUUUUACUCCCUCAACUUGCGGGCCACCAAAAAAGCAGAGCGGACGCACGUCACAAACAAGCGCCUACCCUACCAUUCAUUCACUGCACUGCACUGCACUGACUGUAUCGACAACUCCGUCCGAUUCAGACCAGUCGUCCCAUCCGUCCAACUUCUUCUUCUUUUUCUUUUUUUCUUUUGCAUCCCUAGUUUCGCCUUCCAAUCAUCAACAAGCAAAAAGGUAGCAAGCAGCUCGCUCAAAAAGCCUGUUCGCUCCCUCAGUUCUCUCCUUUUGGGAACGCGCGUGGCUGCGGCAUUGGAAUUCUCAGGAAACUCGACCUUCCAACAGGCAGUUCCAGCCCAAUCCAUUGGUCUCUGAGCCAAGUGUCCCUCUCUUGAGCAGCAGCAACUGUCCUCUCGGACCGAGAACGAUCGCUAGUUUCUCGAUCUUCAAGAGAGGCAAGAAGAAACACAAUCCUCGAAAAACAACAACAACUUAGACUACACGCUCGCUUCACGCACUGCUGUGGCCGGCCACAAUCAUUGCAGCAGUCACCCGCUAUCUAAUUCGACCUAAUCUGUCUGCGAAUAAUACCGGUUUUUCUUUUUUUGGCUGCAGUUGUGAUUUCGAUUCCAUGAGUUUAUGAUUGAUUGACCAAUAGACUGCCCAUUAUGUCGGGACAUCCAAACCAGCAACGGCCUAACCCGAACGACUACGAUGACGGCUAUGGCCGGCAACAAGGAAGUCAGCAGGGAGGUCAGGAUGCCUACUAUGACGACCAUUCACAGCAACAGUACUACGACAAUGGCUAUGACAACGGUGGCCAAGGAGGUCGCCGCGGAGAUGGCUACUACGACGAAUCUGGCUACUACAACGCCGAUCCGAACAACCCCUAUCAACAGGAUGGAGGGUACUACGAUAACCAGGAUCAGCAGUACCAAGACGAUUAUUACAACCAGCAAGGUUACUAUGAUCAGGGCUAUGAUCAGGGCUACGGCCGUCGACAAGGCUCAGAGGAUGAGUCUGAAACGUUUAGCGACUUCACAAUGAGGUCGGACAUGCGUGGUGGUGAUGGCGACUACUACGGGCGUGGCGACGAGCGUUACAACAGCUACAACGACGGACAGGCUCGCGGAUUCCGGCCCCCCUCGUCCCAGAUCUCAUAUGCUGGAAACCGCUCUUCUGGGGCCUCGACUCCGAACUACGGCAUGGACUAUGGCAAUGGACACGCCGCGCUGGCUAGGUCACGCGAGCCGUAUCCUGCUUGGACCUCGGAUGCGCAGAUUCCUCUAUCGAAGGAGGAGGUUGAGGAUAUUUUCCUUGACCUCACCUCGAAGUUUGGAUUCCAGCGCGACAGUAUGAGGAACAUGUACGACCAUCUCAUGACUCUUCUCGACUCGCGUGCCUCACGCAUGACCCCGAACCAGGCCCUCCUGUCGCUUCAUGCAGACUACAUUGGAGGUGACAACGCGAACUACCGCAAGUGGUACUUCGCCGCUCAUCUGGAUCUCGAUGAUGCCGUGGGCUUUGCCAACAUGAAGGGCAAGGGCUUGAAGCGCAAGAACAAGAAGAAGAAGAAGGACGCCGAGAAUGAGGCCGAGACCCUGGAGAGCCUGGAAGGUGAUGACUCGCUCGAAGCGGCCGAGUACAGGUGGAAGACACGCAUGAACCGCAUGUCACAGCACGACCGUGUGCGACAGCUGGCCUUGUACCUGCUCUGCUGGGGCGAAGCCAACCAGGUCCGCUUCAUGCCUGAGUGCUUGUGCUUCAUCUUCAAGUGUGCGGACGACUACCUCAACUCGCCUGCAUGCCAGAACCUCGUAGAGCCGGUAGAGGAGUUCACGUUCCUCAACAACGUCAUCACUCCCAUCUACCAGUACGUCCGAGACCAAGGUUACGAGAUUGUCGACGGUGUAUACGUUCGUCGCGAGCGUGACCACAAGAACAUUAUCGGUUAUGAUGACUGCAACCAGCUUUUCUGGUACCCGGAAGGUAUCGAGCGCAUUGUGUUGGGAGACAAGUCAAAACUGACCGAUGUGCCUCCCGCGGAACGUUACCUCAAGCUCAAAGAUGUCAACUGGAAGAAGUGUUUCUUCAAGACCUACAAGGAGACUCGGUCGUGGUUCCAUCUGGUUGUUAACUUCAACCGUAUCUGGAUUAUCCACUUGACCAUGUGGUGGUACUACACGGCAUUCAACGCUCCUACGCUCUUGGUCCCCAACUACACCCAGCAAGGAAACGAAAAGCCCCCUAACGCAGCUGUGUGGUCUAUCUGUGGAUUCGGUGGUUGUAUCGCAUCCCUGAUCCAGAUCAUUGCUACAUGCUCCGAGUGGGCGUAUGUACCUCGUCGUUGGGCCGGAGCUCAGCAUCUUACCAAGAAGCUUCUCUUCCUUAUUCUCAUCUUUGUCAUCAACGCCGGUCCUGGUGUUUAUGUCUUUUUGCCUGGAACCGUUGAAGCCGUCAGGGCUCGCCAGGAGACUCAGAUCGCGCUCAUUCUGGGCAUUGUCCAGUUCUUCGUGUCUGUGGCGACUUUCCUCUUCUUCUCCAUAAUGCCGCUUGGUGGACUUUUCGGCAGCUACCUGACGAAGAACUCUCGUCGCUAUGUCGCAAGUCAGACAUUCACCGCCAGCUAUCCUAGACUUACUGGCAACGAUAUGGCUCUCUCAUACCUCUUGUGGCUGAUCGUUUUCGGUGCCAAGAUGGGCGAGUCAUACGUCUACUUGGCUUUGUCUUUCAAGGACCCUCUCCGCUACUUGUGGUUGAUGAACGUCGACAGCUGUCUUGGUGACACCAUCCUGAAGCAGUACCUGUGCACACUCCAACCUAAGAUUCUUGCUGGUCUUAUGGGAGUAACAGAUCUUAUUUUCUUCUUCCUCGACACAUAUCUUUUCUAUGUCCUGGUUAACUGCGUGUUCUCGAUUGCGCGAUCUUUCUACCUGGGUGCUUCUAUCUUGACUCCAUGGAGAAACAUCUUUUCUCGCAUGCCUAAGCGCAUCUACUCAAAGGUCUUGGCAACCACGGACAUGGAGGUCAAGUACAAGCCUAAGGUCCUCAUUUCACAGAUCUGGAACGCUAUCGUCAUUUCCAUGUACCGUGAGCAUCUUCUGGCCAUCGACCACGUUCAGAAGCUUCUUUACCAUCAAGUCCCGUCGGAGCAGGAGGGCAAGCGGACUCUUAGGGCUCCCACGUUCUUCGUGUCACAAGAAGAUCACUCGUUCAAGACGGAAUUUUUCCCCGCUCAGAGUGAAGCAGAGCGUCGCAUUUCUUUCUUCGCCCACUCACUGUCGACGCCGAUUCCUGAGCCGCUGCCGGUUGACAACAUGCCCACUUUUACUGUCAUGAUCCCUCACUACAGCGAAAAGAUUCUCUUGUCGCUGAGAGAAAUUAUCAGGGAAGACGAGCCGUAUUCUCGUGUCACUUUGCUCGAGUACCUGAAGCAACUUCACCCCCACGAGUGGGACUGCUUCGUCAAGGACACCAAGAUUCUUGCAGAUGAGACGUCUCAAUUCAACGGCGACGAGAAGAAUGACAAGGACACAGCCAAGAGCAAGAUUGACGAUCUGCCAUUCUACUGCAUCGGUUUCAAGUCUUCGGCACCCGAGUACACUCUCCGGACUCGUAUUUGGUCUUCUCUUCGCUCGCAGACUCUCUACCGUACCAUCUCCGGUUUCAUGAACUACAGCCGUGCCAUUAAGCUGCUGUACCGUGUGGAGAAUCCCGAGGUUGUUCAAAUGUUCGGCGGUAACUCUGACAAGUUAGAACGGGAGUUGGAGCGCAUGGCGCGUCGCAAGUUCAAGCUCAUUGUUUCCAUGCAACGUUAUGCCAAGUUCAAGAAGGAGGAGAUGGAAAACGCCGAAUUCUUGCUGCGUGCGUACCCCGACUUGCAGAUUGCCUAUCUCGACGAAGAGGCACCUCUCAACGAAGGGGAGGAGCCUCGUUUGUACUCUGCCCUGAUUGACGGCCACUCUGAAAUAAUGGAGAACGGCGCCCGCAAGCCCAAGUUCCGAAUCCAGCUCUCCGGUAACCCUAUUCUUGGUGACGGCAAAUCUGACAACCAGAACCACUGUAUCAUCUUCUACCGCGGUGAAUACAUUCAACUCAUCGACGCCAACCAGGACAACUAUCUCGAGGAAUGUCUGAAGAUUCGCAGUGUUUUGGCCGAGUUCGAGGAGAUGAAGACGGACAACACCUCGCCGUACACUCCUGGUGUCAAGAAUGCCGUCAAAUCGCCUGUUGCCAUCUUGGGUGCUCGUGAGUACAUUUUCUCAGAGAACAUUGGUAUCCUCGGAGACGUCGCUGCCGGAAAGGAACAGACUUUCGGAACCUUGUUUGCUCGUACGCUGGCUCAGAUCGGUGGCAAGCUCCAUUACGGUCAUCCCGAUUUCCUCAACGGAAUUUUCAUGACAACCCGAGGUGGUGUAUCAAAAGCGCAAAAGGGUCUCCACCUGAACGAGGACAUUUACGCCGGUAUGAAUGCCAUCCUUCGUGGUGGGCGUAUCAAGCAUUGCGAGUACUACCAAUGUGGCAAAGGUCGUGAUUUGGGUUUCGGCUCGAUUCUGAACUUCACCACCAAGAUCGGCACUGGUAUGGGCGAGCAGAUGCUGUCUCGCGAGUACUACUACCUCGGCACGCAACUCCCGCUUGAUCGAUUCCUGUCUUUCUACUAUGCUCACCCUGGUUUCCAUAUCAACAACAUCUUCAUCAUGUUGUCUAUCCAGAUGUUCAUGAUCACACUCGUCAACAUAGGAGCCUUGAGGAAUCAGACCAUACCCUGCGACUACAACCGAAACGUUCCCAUCACCGACGAGCUCUUCCCUACUGGAUGCCAGAACACCGACGCACUAGUGGAUUGGGUUUUCAGGAGUAUCUUGUCGAUUAUUUUCGUCCUCUGUCUGUCCUAUAUCCCUCUAGUCGUUCAGGAGUUGACGGAGCGUGGUUUCUUCCGCGCGGCUACUCGUCUCGCGAAGCAGAUCUGCUCCCUCUCGCCCCUGUUUGAAGUGUUCGUUUGUCAGAUCUACGCCAAUGCGGUCCAUAACAACCUGUCAUUCGGCGGUGCUCGAUACAUUGGUACCGGUCGUGGUUUUGCCACUGCUCGCAUUCCGUUCGGCGUUCUUUUCUCUCGAUUUGCCGGCCCGUCGAUUUACUUCGGCGCACGACUACUCAUGAUGCUUAUCUUUGCUACCAUGACUGUUUGGCAAGGCGCUCUGGUAUACUUCUACCUCACUCUGCUGGCUCUCGUCAUCUCGCCGUUCCUCUACAACCCCCACCAGUUUGCUUGGAAUGAUUUCUUCAUUGACUACCGUGACUACCUGCGGUGGUUGUCUCGUGGAAACUCUCGAUCGCACGCAUCAUCGUGGAUCGCCUACUGCAGACUCUCGCGAACUCGUCUCACUGGUUACAAGCGAAAGGCCGUCGGAGACCCCAGCUCGAAACUCUCCGGAGACGUACCUCGGGCAUCAUUCAUGAACAUCUUCCUUGGCGAGCUCGUUUCACCGUUUUUGCUGGCGGUCGUGAUGCUGAUUCCAUACCUCUUCAUCAACGCCCAAACUGGUGUCACGGCAGAUAAAAACCCCAACUUGCCCACCCCCAAGGCAAGUGCAGCACUGCUCAGGAUCGGAAUAGUCGCCAUUGCCCCGAUCGCCGUCAACGCCGGUGUGUGUCUGAUCAUGUUCGCAAUGGCCUGUUUCAUGGGUCCCCUACUCAGCAUGUGUUGCAAGAAGUUCGGUAGCGUACUUGCUGCCAUUGCACAUGCUUUUGCUGUUAUCAUGCUUCUCGUCUUCUUCGAGGCACUGUAUAUCCUCCAGCAAUGGAAGGCGGCCCCGACUCUGCUCGGAAUGAUCGUUGUUCUUUGCGUCCAACGUUUCCUUCUGAAGCUGAUCGUAUCUGCCGGUCUGACUCGAGAGUUCAAGUCGGAUCAGGCCAACAUUGCUUUCUGGACCGGCAAGUGGUACUCCAUGGGCUGGCAUACAAUUUCGCAGCCGGCGAGAGAGUUUCUCUGCAAGAUCACCGAGAUGUCCUUCUUUGCAGGCGACUUCAUUCUCGGUCACAUUAUCCUCUUCCUCAUGCUGCCUAUCAUCCUCAUUCCCCAGGUUGACAAGCUGCAUUCUAUGAUGCUUUUCUGGCUUCGUCCCAGUCAACAAAUUCGACCCCCUAUCUACUCGAUGAAGCAGUCCAAGCUGAGGACGAGGCGUGUGGUUCGCUAUGCGAUCUUGUACUUCGUGCUCCUCGUACUCUUCCUUGCUCUGCUCGCAGGCCCGGCGAUCAUUGUCUCAUUUGUUAAAGAUAUGCCACCAAAGGCCAUAACAAAUGUUAAAUUCCUCUCUGAUUCCGGCCUGAUUCAACCCGCCGGAUAUGACAACAACAACACGAAUUUCGAACACACGGGUACAAGACGAACCGGUCCUGCCUUCCCUACUUCCUAAGGGUUUGUUUGACUACAGAAAAAAAAACAAGCUAGAGGAGCCGGGCUGGAUAACUGAAAUGGAAUGUAUAAUACUUUUUUUUCUCGCUCAGCGAUCACACAUAACCGGAGGAGAGCAUGUUUCUUUUUUACUUUUUUUGUGCAAUGACAUGAGACUUGCAAGCUGCCCUUGAAGCGGCAAACUUGUUAGUUAUAUCAUGUCAUUGCUGGUAUUCUCGCAAUGGUUGCUUUUUUUCCCUAGUCAUCUUUUGAUAUAACAAAACCCGAAGUAGCUAUUUUGGCGUGGGCGGCACUGCAAAACACAGGCUUUGUUUUUCUUGUCUUGUUCCAUUUUUAGAUCGGCUCUGCAAAUGUUGUUUCCGUUACGACCGUGACCCAGCUGAUUCGGGCCGCGAUAAUUAUACUGCCAAUUUUUCUCUAGCUUUGGGGAUCUCUGAUACUAUUGCAUUGUCUGAUGAUUGAAUAGUGGCUAGUUGAGUACGGGUUUAUCUGGCAUGUUCGUCUCGGCGCACGACUUUGAUUGAGUUCUCACAAUACCGGUGCGGGGGAGGGUGAACAAUCCAGCUUUGAAGGUACAAAAAUACUUGAGCUAAUGGGGCCUGCCACGGGCAUCAUGUUAUAUUAUAUACACAUAUAAAUGGGCACAUUCUAUUAGAAUAUUGUUGUGUUUGGA